CUCUCUCACAUUGUUUUUAUUUUUCAGGAAAGAGAAAGAAAAAGAAGAAAAUCCGUGUGCCAGCAAAUGAUUUGCAGUGGAAAACCCCUCAAGAUCUUGCGGCUGAGAGUUAUAUGAUGCCUUAUAAUCCUGCUGCUUUUAAUAAUCCAUACUGGAAUGGAAUGCAACCUGGUAUGGAUGCGUAUAUGGCACCAUAUCCUGGCGCCAUGCCUUAUACGGGUUAUGGGCUAGGCCCCUUUGACAUGCCUUUUGGGGGUGGUAUUGUACCGCAGGACCCAUUUGGUGCGCAAAGCUAUAUGUUCCCUCCUGUUCCACCUCAAAGGGAUCUUUCAGAGUUCACUAUGGGUAUGAAUGCUCCACCUCCAAUCAUGAGCAGAGAGGAAUUCGAGGCACGAAAAGCUGAUUUGAGGAGGAAGCGUGAAAAUGAGAGACGGAAUGAAAGUAGGGACUUUUCCAAAGAUCGAGAGUUUGGUAGGGAAGUGAGCAGCAGUGGCGGCGAUGUCCCUCCAAUGAAAUUGAAAUCUAAGCCUAUUCCCCCUCCAUCAAGCGCUGACCACCACCGUCACCGACCCGAGAGAUCUCCAGACCGGUCAACACGCGAGAUUGAACCGCCACCGCGCCCAGCCAAGAGAAAAUCCGAGCACCAUCAUGAUCGUGACUAUGAUCGCAACUAUCGUGACCGCGACCACGACCAAGAGCGUGACCGCCACCACCACCACCACCAUUCGGAGUCUUCUGCCCGACCUGCUCUGGAAACGUCCUCCAAAGCUGCCGCAACAGCUGCCGCUGCAGAACGCAAACAUAAGCUCAGCGUCUUCUCGCGCAUAAGCUUCCCAGCCGAAGAAGUCAGCAAGAAGAGAAAGGUCUCGUCCUCAUCAGAGGCACCCCUUGCUACGCAUCAUCAGAAGGCGUCGGCAAAUGGUGGGUCUUAUGAUGACUACAAAUCGGCAUCGACAAAGGCAGCUUCAGUGACUAGCGGCACUGCAGGGAGGAAGAGCAGUAGUGGUGUGGAUUAUGAGUCAAGCGACGAUGAUAGGCAUUUCAAGAGGAAGCCAUCGAGGUACGAGCCGUCACCGCCUCCGCCGCUGCAGGCAGAGUGGGAAGAGGACGCGAGGCAUCAUUCAAGAGGUUCCAGGGAACGGGAGCGAGAGCGAGAGCGGAGCAAACAUAGGUAGUUAAAGAGUUGGAUAAAAGUUGAAACGGAUAUAUGAUUAGGGAGCCAUGAAUUUAUCUCUGGUGCUUGAGCUUCUCUGGCUAUUGAGACCAAACCAGCUUGAGCUUCUCUCGCCCUUGAGACCAAACCUGGGAGAGGAGUUUAGGGGAAGAGAUGAUAACUUUGCGUUAUUGAAAUUUCUCUGUAUCACAAGCUUUGUAUUUAAGCUAUCAAGCUUGAUUUACAAUAAUAUAAAUUCCACUUUUCUUAUAAUAAAUGGCAAUCACUCUCUCCUUUCUUCUCC